AUGGCGGGGCCCACCGCGACCUUGCAGCAAGGAGCCCCCAACCCAUCACAAGCUGGAGGAACUACUUCCUUUGUCGUGAAGACCAGUGGUAUGCCGUCUGGAUGGGAUGCAAUGGGAAGGCAAGCCUACCACACACAGCUCCCUGAGAACCCAGUACCAGUAGGCAAUAGCACAGCACAGCAUCAUGCUCAUCCUACACAAAACUUUCCGGGAACACCAUAUCAUCCUCCUCCAAACGGGACCCUCCAGUAUCCACAACCACCCCCUACCAACCCAUCUGCGGCACCCAUGGCUUACCCCUCACCAGGAGCCACGCCCCAUGUGAACUACCCAGUCAUGCCGCCCCCUCCACCAACAGCUGACACCUACCUGGGCAUGACCUCGCAUGUCUCGGAGGAGCAUGGGGUACCCCCACCGCCAUCUUAUGAUGACGUCUUCAGCUCCAGAUAGAAAUGGCGACUAGGGAAAAACGCAGAUUUCCGAGAAGAAGGAAUUGUGUCAGACCUGUUUAGUAUAUACAUGGUGGCAUUGUCACUCAAUUUUUACCAUCUUCCUUUUCUCCCCUAUCUCUCUCUCUCUCUCUCUCUUUUCUUUCUCUUUCUGGC